CUUCAGCCAGCCACUCGCUUUAGGAAUCCGAAGCAGCUUAUGUUCUGAAAACAGCAGUCAGCUGUGUCACUGCACAGAACAAGGGGAGGCUCCGGUGUCUUGUGUGUAACCUUGUGUGAGCUGAGCGGAGAGCGCUGGAUCAACAGGAGAUCUGUAAAUGUUAAUAUGCAUGGUAUAUGACAAGUAUUAUAUGGUCAGCGCCAGAGCAUAAACUGCGCCUUGAAGAUGAAUGUGGCCAUAUUCUGAAGAAAGUGGACAUUCAAUAAGAAUGAGCGCACCUGCAGCUACGAGGGUUUUUAUAUUGUCCCUAACAGCCAUCCCGGUCACAUAUCUCUUCAACUAUGUUUCUACAGUCUAUAGUUCUUGGCCGGUUGCAGUUGCUACUGAAAUGGUCUUGGUGCUGAUAACAUUAUUGUCCCGUCUGCUGGUGAUUCAAAAACCACCCAGAGAUCCUUUAUUUUACAUAUAUGCAGUAUUUGCUUUCACCAGUGUGGUGGGACUUAUCAUUGGACUUGAACAGGAUGGAAUUAUAGAUGGAUUUAUGACUCUAUAUUUAAAAGAGACUGAGCCGUACCUGAACACCGCACAUGGUCACAUGAUCUGUUACUGGGAUGGCACUGCUCAUUACCUGAUGUACCUGCUGAUGGUGGCAGCAAUAGCAUGGGAUCAGAGCUACAGAACCAUUGGCCUUUACUGGGUAGGAUCCAUUGUAAUGAGUAUGAUUGUGUUUAUUCCAGGAAGUAUUGUUGGUAAAUAUGGAACCAGAAUGAAUUCUGCAUUUUGCUCAAGCAUCCUUUAUAUUUGCCUUUCACUAUGGGCUGGGCUUAGAAUCUACAAGCAACCAUCUGUUGCCAGCAAUCCAUCUGUAAAGGUGAUCCAAAAUAUUCAGCAAAAAAAUAUAUUUCGCAGACCGUCUGACCUAAUGCUGGCCAUGUACCUAAUUGCUGCAACUAUCUUCUGUAUAUUCAGAGGAAUGAUUGCGUUAGACUGCCCUUCUGAUCUAUGUCGAUUAUAUAUACAAUUUCAAGAGCCUUAUAUAAAAGACCCUGCUGCCUACCCCAAACUCCAGAUGCUGGUCUAUAUGUUCUAUUCUGUUCCUUACCAUCUUAUCAUUCUGUAUGGUCUCCUCGUUCCUGGAUGCACAUGGAUGCCAGAUCUGACCCUUAUUUAUGCUGGUGGAUUGGCUCAGGCACAGUUUUCUCACAUUGGUGCAUCCCUUCAUGCAAGGACUCCUUACAUCUACCGAGUUCCAGAUGAAGCAAGACUUUUGGUUUUAAUAGCAAAUUUUCUUUUUGGGAUUUUUCCACAGAUAUUAGCUCAUCGUUGUGUAAACCAGCCAGAAUUUUUUGUAAAAAUGAAAAAUCCAGGGGCCAAAACUAACUGAAGAAUAAUAAGAUACUGAUAAUAUGGACACUUACAGAACGAAAAAUGUGACAUCUUUGACAUUUGGGUACUUUGUAUAAUUCUGUUUUCUACUUUAAGAUUCUUGCUUAAUUUUUGGAACCCACUACUUAACCUAAUGUGAGUGGUUUAACUGACACUAUUAUAAUCUUGUCUUAUAGCAAGACAAAGAGAUAGUAAGGUCACGUGCAUAUAAGUAUGUGUGAGACCUUGUAUUUCCUAAUGCCUUUGUUUACACUGUGAGUGGCUCUAUUAAAAAAGCUUUUAUCAGAACAGAAUGGAAAUUAUCUCAACCUUAAAGAUGUUACCGGUAUGUAUGACUAAAUAGUGGGAUUCAUCUGCAGUACCAAGAGCUGCACCUAUACAGACAAACUGUGUCUGUGUAAAACAAUGAAGGGGAAUUGAUGCUUACAGGAGCCCUGCAGACCCUUAUGUUAAUAACUACAUCGGAUUUUAACACUAGUCCUAAAAGUAGAUAAAAGAACCAAAUUAUACAAAAAUACAGCCAUGGCCGUAAAUGUUGGCACCCCUGAAGUAUUUCUAACAGAAAAGGAUUGCAGUAACACAUGUUUUGCUAUACACAUGUUUAUUCCAUUUGUGUGUAUUGGAACUAAACAAAAAAAGGGGGAUGGGUGGAGACAUCAUGCCAUAGGAACAAGCUGUGGGACUUUCUACCCCUCCCUGCCCGCCCAGAAUCUACCCGGCGUUCUCGAAAUGGAGCCUCCUCGUCUGGGGGAAGAUCGAUGCUGUGGACCCGGGAUUGAUGCGUGGCUGACAAUGACAAUGGAGUGUGUCGGCCCGGUGGCUCUCCACUGGGAGCGAACAAUGAAAGGAGACUGGGAGGCACAAGAGUAGCGGAAGUGGGUUGCCGGGCUAGCUGUCGCCCGGCGGCUGCCCUUUCCCCCCCUGGUAACGGCAUACUAGUUGGUAUCUCCUGCUGUAUUAUUGGCCGGAGGAGGUCAUGUGCCCCGGCGUGGCAAAGCCCCGUGGCCUGGGUGAGGGUACAGCCACCUGUAGCACCACCGGUUGGCAGCACGGGGCAAAGUACGAUCAAUUCGCCCCCCACCGCCAGCAAACAGUAAGAACUUUUACAAGAUGUUUUGUACCUGAAACUUUAUAUGGUAUCUUUCCUGAUAGAGAUCCUUGUGCAACCACCGAAGAGGCGGAAGGCAUGG